AUAAUAGUUGACAGAUAUUUUUAUGAAGUUUUAUGCGAUAUUUGCAUAAAAUUUAAUUAAAAAAAAUGGGUUCGUUAAUUAAUUUACGAAUAUUAAACACAUCAUCUUUGAUGUGUAGGAGAAUUAUAUUAGGUAAAUAUUAUUCCACUGAGAAUAAGAAAAACGAAGAUAGUCCAAAACUGAAAGCAUUUCGUGAAAAAUUACGUCAGAAAACACCAAUUGGUAAAUUAGAAGAAAUCGAAGGUAAACAUCCUUAUCAAGAACAAGAACCGUUACCUGCAUGGCCAAAUAAUACCAAUCCACAUACCGGUGAAGUAAAUGGACCUCGCGGACCAGAACCAACACGUUACGGUGAUUGGGAACGAAAAGGACGAGUUUCUGAUUUUUAAAAUGUGUUUAAAAUAUUUUAUUUAGUAUAAAUUUUGUAUAAAAA